UGGCUGCAUCAUCCUGGCGAAGAGACCGCUAGUGUAACACGAACCUCCAAGGUGGAAGCAUCUCCCAGAAGGCGACGUUACCUUUGCACGUCAGUCAAGAAUCUGUCUCCCUCAGUGGUUCACUCUCUCUGUCUCCCCCCAUCAACAACAACAAAGUCGUCGACAUGUCUGAGGAAACCAAGACUCACCCUGAGAAGGAAGUAGAGGCUCAGGAGAAGGAGGAGACUAAGGAGAACGAUGUAGCAGAAGAGGGAGGAAGCAAGGAAGAGGCAGAGGAUGCAGGAGAAGGUAGCAGCAAAGAAGGAGACAGCCAAGAGGAGGAGAAGAAGGAGGAAGAUGAAGGAGUGAAAGACGAUGCGGAAGGAGGUGACGCAGGUGACGGAGAGGAGAAGAAAGAGGAGGACGCAGCAGAAGGUGGUGAUGAAGGAGAUGGAAAGGGCUCCUCUGAAGAGGCCGCGGAAGAGGAGGGAGAGGGCAAGGAGAAGGCUGAAGGAGAAGAAGCAGGAGAUGAGAAGUCCGAAGACAAGGAUGCUGACGAAGGAAAAUCUGAAGGCGGGGAGGAAGGAGAGGCAUCGGAGAGUAAAGAAGAAGGAGAUGGAGCAGAGGACAAGAAAGAGGAGGAAGAAGAGGAGAAGAAGGAGGAAGAAUCAGCAGAGUCUAAAGAAGGAGGAGAAGAAGAGGAGAAAGGAGAUAAAGACGAAAAGAGCGGAGGAGAGAAAGCGGCCGAGGAGUAGUUUAAAUGAUCUAAUUUUAUUAUUUUAUUUUAUAAAUCUAGAUUUAGCUUUGUCCGUAGAGUAGCGAGUCAUUUUUUUUGUUAUUUUCUUUUCAAGUAGAGGAAGUUCUGAUGAAUGCCUGUGGGUCAACAAAGGCUUAGCUGGUCAGGUCAUGGGAACGCGAGAGCUCGUUAAAAAAGGUUAGGCAGGAAGGCAGGCGAGGUCAUGUUUACGUUAACAGGAUGGAGGGUUGGAGUAUUGGUAGAUCUGUUCCUCAGUUGUGUCAGUUGAUUUGUCCUUAAACCAAUAAAAAUUGAAUCAAGUAAUAAGAAUCUUAUGGAAUUCAAUAAAUGAUUGAGUGGCUGGAUACUGGUAUCUCACAGCAUUGUUUGUUUAAGAAUUAUUGAGUACUCUUAACUUUCCUUUCAAAGGAUUCUUAACUGACAUACAUUGUGGGGACAGACUCCCAAUAUCCACUAGUCCUUGAGUACCAUCUCCCUAGCAUCACCUUGCUCUUACUAAUCACAAUAUUCAGCCAUGUGUCAAAGAGGCAGAAUGUGCCUUUGCAUCUGUGAAACAGGCCACAACAUCCCAGAAGCUGUCUCUUUCAGACAUGGCUGCCAAUUUGUGUAAUCAGGGCCUUUGACAUCAAGUCGUGGGCCAAGAUUUCUUGGAGCUAUGAAGGGGCCUGGGUGCUACUGAAAAGGCCGAGGAAAUUCUACCGGGAACUAAGACAUGCCAGAGUCCCUUCUGAGCUCAGAAGAUCAUCAUUUUUAAACCUACGGCGCCUUCGUCGUUCCUCUGUAGAACCAGCAGCCUGUUCCUGUUAGAGAGGUCUUGGUUUAAACAUGGAAAUUGUAAAAUUGUACAUUACAUAUCUUGUUGCUAUGCUGACGUCAGUGCCUCAGAGACCGAAAUGCAGAGUGUGAUACCAUAUCGUUAAGGAAUUACAGUUAUUAUUAAGGAAUGCAGUUUCACAGUUACCGUUAAGAAAUGCAAUCACAUUUAUCAUUAAGAAAUGCAAUUACAGUUAGGUCGACCCUUCCUUUCAGGUACUCGCGCUAUCCUUAAAGUAUAGUCCCAAAAGAAACCGAGGUUUUUUCACGUCAAUUUCCGAGUUGAAAGUCAACCAGCCCAUCGUAUUCAGCCUCAGAAUUAGGUUUUCCAAAGGAGAGGUUAGGAAAAGCUACCAAAACACUACUAACUACCUAUAGAUAAGAAUCGUGAUUCUCCUAAGCCUAAACAGUGAUAAGAUCUCACUUUUCUCAUUUCAUUUCUUUCCUAAACGUAAGAGACGAUUACGCACUUAUCGAUAAUCACUUAACCUUUUAAAAAACGUAAACUAACUUUUUUGGCAUUUUUGAUAAUGGGGUGUUUUUUUCCUUCUCCCUAUCUCGCAGAUUUCCGUGUAUAUGUACAGCUUCACUUUGGUAAUAGAAUAUUUAUCUUGAUCGAUGCUGCAUCUGCAUUUUCGCGGAGUCCACGUGCUAUUCACUCUAUCCUUUUUGAACGUUAUAAAUAAGAAGGUGAAGAAGAUUGUAGGAUCUUUAAUUGUUGGCUGACUUAAUAGGUUUAAGGUAAUUUAGGAUAACGUUUAAGGCAACUUAAAGUUGUCGUUGCGACUAUGAUGAGGAAAGGGGAUUACGUAUUACAGGUUUGCAGAUUCCAGAGGACAGGAAUUAAGAGUACAGAUUACCAGACUUAAGAGUACGGAUUAGCAGACUUAAGAUUACAGAUUAGCGGACUUAAGAUUACGGACUACAGGCCUUAACAUUACAAAUUACAGGACUUUACGGACUACGGGAAAGGUGAAGAGUGGUAAUUAGUUUGUAGCUGAGAAAUGAGACAAGGAAAGACGUUGUCUUGCUUAAGAAUCAUAUACUUUUGCAGGGGAAAAUCAUUGUUUUAGGUACAAUCAUAACUAAAGAUUUAAGGAAAUCGGUCUUAAAGUAAAUGUCUCUAAAUAGACCGGGUAAAACCUAAUGAAUUUAUUAAACUCUUGAGGACUAGAAACAUAAGUUGCCCCAUAAAAACUUCUACGGAAGACUCAAAAUGAUCUAACCAACUCUUGAGCGGGGAGUGUAGCAUAUACUUUCCCAAUUUAUACAAUCAUCAGUGUAAAACAUACUGCCAUCAGGACAUACAUAUCGUAAGUGAAGAUUUGGAGGAAAUUUUUAUAAGGUAUUUAUAGAUCAGUAGUUGUAAACAUGUAAGGCAGCCCUUUUAGGGGAUAAUUAGCUCUGAAGAUGUUAGACGCUUACACGCUGCUGCGCUGCCCAUUCGUCCCGAGUCGUAUCGUUUAAGGGUUAAGCAUCAUGAAACACAGUUACCGUUAAAUUAUUGUUAAAAAAAGUCUAGUUUAUGAUUAGCAGUUGCUUCUUAUUUGAAACCGGCCAAAUAGGCGUGGAGACCGGCCUGUGGGGAAGACUGAGAAAUCGUCCAUGCGAUAUACCUCUACGUUGAGUGAUUCAUGUAUAUGUAUAAUGAAUAUUCCAGAACUACUUUCAUGAUAGUCAUUCUUGCCAAGUAUAAGUUCUUCAUAACCAAUUCUGUAUUGAGACAGUUUUUAGUUAGAGGUAAACAUCUGGUUUCUGACCUGUGUGAUAUUAAAAUAUUCAUUUUUCACUCAUCAUAAUCAUAUCUCAUACAGACAAGAGACAGUUUGUCAUUCUGAAAGAAUUUGGUCAAAAUUUCCUUUUUGAGAGUUAAGCUUAUAAUAAAAAUAUGUGUUUAUUGAAUAGAGGGAGGUGGUGACAGGCUAGAGAUUUGAUACGGAAAUGGGUGAAUUCGUAUAACCUGAAUGUGGAUGUUUACUGUAUAUAUAUAUAUAUAUAUAUAUAUAUAUAUAUAUAUAUAUAUAUAUAUAUAUAUAUAAUGACAAGCAGUUAUUGUUUAAGAAUUCUACGUGCGAGGCAUCAAAAUGCUUCAUACUGAUGAGUUGUAGUAUGGUAAAGACAGGAAAACUUUCCCAAAACAUAACCAUGCAUGCAAGUAUCGAUGGAAAACAUUUCUUCUAGACAUCCAACUCUCCUUUCUCUGCAGGCAAAAGAAGCAUUUCGACCCCUUUACAGCUUCCCACCCCCCCUAAAAUAAAUAAUAUUCUAUCCUCGACAAGAGUUCGUUUAGCCCCAGCCUUUCAGAGCUAAAAGAUGCACAGAUCCACUGCCAGUUCCAAUAUUUGGAGAUUCCAGCAUGCAUUGCAUUGUUCCCCUUCGUAUGACCACAACCUCUGCUUCCCAUAGUGUUACUAGCUUAUAUAUAUAUAGCGAAGUGGUCCCAUCUGAUGAUGAUUAUAAAAGGCUGGAGUACGAGAGAGGAAUAUAUACGUAGAUUGAAUCUGAUGUCAUUCUUUUAGUUUUAUCAGACUAUAAAUUGAAUCUAUUGUCAAUCUUUUAGUUUUAUCAGACUAUAAAUUGAAAAUAUUGUCAUUCUUAUAGUUUUUGCAGAGUAUAGAUUGUCUAUGAACUCAUUCUUUUAGUUUCUACAAAAUAUAAAUUGAAUCUAUUGUCAUUCUUAUAGUUUUUGCAGAAUAUAGAUUGACUUUGAACUCGUUCUUUUAGUUUCUACAGAAUAGAAAUUGCAUCUAGUGUCAUUCUUUUAGUUCCUACAGAAUAUAGAUUGAAUCUGAAGUCAUUCUUUCAGUUUCUACAGAAUAUAGUAGAUUAAAUUUGGUCAUAUUUUUAGUUCCUACAGAAUAUAGAUUAAAUUUGAUGUCAUUCUUUUAGUCUUUACAUGAUAUAGAUUUAAUCUCAUGUCAUUCCUUUAGUUUUUAAGUUACGUUUGUAGAUAAGAAUUGUCCAGUGUAUUCCAUCCAAUUUCCACAUCAAAUUCAGGUUUAAAAUUGAAUGGCUGUAAUCCAUUUGACACGAGCUGGUCUUUAUUAGCCCUCGUGGGCCCAAUUGUGAUUUUUGGUAUUUCGUUGAUAAAUUAGGGCGUAGCUGUAAAAAUGUAACCUUCCCAAAAGAUGAAGAAACCUUUCCAAAGAACCCUUUGGCGUUUGGUGCUCAGUAUUCUAGUAGUACCACCAACUUCUUAAGAUGAUUGGCUGUUGAUAAGCCAAUCACAGAGCUGGUAACUCUCAGUCUCUCUCGAGAGUUCACAUAGGCAGGACUUAUAUUCCACCUCUCCUGAGGGAUACUUUUGAAAGACGUAUCCCUCAGGUGGCGCAUACAUCCUCCCUAUGUGAACUCUCUCGAGAGACUGGGAGUUUCCAGCCCUGGAAUUGGCUUAUCAACAGCCAACAAGUAUCGUCGUAAGGGACUGACCUAGACAUGAGAUGCACGGGUGAUGUGAAUCUACUAGAGGACACACUCAGCUGUCAUUUUUGACAGCAGUUCUGAAUGCGACCUCCGAUAGUAAUGGAUCUUAUCCGAAGUCACAUUGGCCUUGGUGAGAACCCGAAACUAAGUAUCCAUAGGAAAAUAAUAAGAGGUUGGAUGGGAGGCAAUAAUUCACCUUCUGGUAAAACACAGCUAAGUCCAGGAGUUUUUCCUUCCAGUGUAGAGCAUUCAACUGGACCAGGUUGACUCCCUAUUCCAUCAAUCCUUUGUAAUAUGUAGAACAUUCCAGCUAGACUCGACAGCAUCGACAGCAAAGAGGAGAAGUAUAGUCUACUGAGCACCAUUCGUAAAUGUUAGGUCAGUUCGUAGUGUAUCAGAAAAUCAGAUUAUUUAGAACAUGAACGUUAAGGAAUAUCGAAUAACCCGCCAUCUUGAUAAAAAACACCAGAGCUGUUCAUUUGCCUCCUUUGAGUGGUGGAAAACUGUUCAUUUGGUCUCUGAAAACAAUCGCAGCGAUAUUGUGGGACUUUUCAACUAGUUGUAAUUGGAUUAUGUACUGCCAAGAAAUAUUGUCAUUAGUCUCUCUCUCUCUCUCUUCUCUCUCUCUCUCUCUCUCUCUCUCUCUCUCUCUCUCUCUCUGGAGAGAGGUGAAACUUACUUAUUUCUAUUUCCAUUGUCGGUUUCAGAGGCGUUCAAGUACCUUUGAAAAACAGUGGCAGAAAACAGUCAUUUCCUUAUUAUCCUCCUCUUAUCAAACUUUCCCGUUUUGUGUCAUCUUCCCUUCCUUUCGUAAUCAUCUUUUAUUUUUGUUAUCACCAGCGUUCUAAACGAAGUCCGGCUUCGUUAAGGCAAUCUUUCACUUCGCUGGGAUGUGCCACCUCCCCUAACGCUUUCGAACGAGAGACCAAAUGAACACAGCCACGAGAAAGGAGGAGGUGAAUGAAUGUGUGUGUGCCACCGAAUGAAAAUACUACGUUAGUAUUAUCAGCUGAUUAGAAUAGUAUACUACGCUCUGGUGGUUCUUUAUGAAUGAGUUGUUAUUUGACCUUUGAUGAAGCCUGUGAUUCUAAAAUGGAAUGACUAUAGUAGAUUCACAUCAACCGUGCAUUUGAUGUCUAGGCCAGUCACUUACGACGCUCCUGAUUGGCUGUUGAUAAGCCAAAGACAGGGCUGGAAACUCUCAGUCUCUCGAGAGAGUUCUCAUGGGCAGGAUGUAUGUUCCACCUCUACUGAAGUAUACUUUUGAAAAGACUUAUCCCUCAGAAAAGGUGGAACAUACAUCCUACCCGUGUGAACUCUCUCUCCAGACACUGAGAGUUUCCAGCCCUGUGACUGGCUUAUCAACAGCCAAUCAGGAGCGUCGUAAGAGACUUGCAAUGACAUCAAGUGCGCGGUUGAUGUGAAUCUCCUAUAGCACUGAGACUUGAUCAGAGAUAAAAUUUCGAAUAUUACUCUUGUUUAAGCUUUUAUAAGAUUUUAAAGAAAUGGAUUAAUUUAGCACUGUGAUACAGAAUGUCCCCUGUGAGAAAACUUGUUCCUCGUUUACAAAAUUAUUUUCAAGAUUUAAAAACUAGUAGUUAUACAGGUCCAUGUGUUUGUUCACCAUUCCAUCGUAAGUUAAGUAGAAGUUAAAGAAGAAGACGAAGAAGAAGAAGAAGAGGAGGAAAGAGGUUAAAAAACUAUAGAUUUUAAGAAGUUAAACAAGAAAAUGGUAUGAAAAGUGAGCAAGAGAGAGAGAGACCCAUCCAUUGCCUUUAGUCCUCCUGUUUCAUAAUCGUAAGUUUAGGAUGCUGAUAUAAAUAGUAUUAUCAAUAUGUCUUUCAUUCUCUGUUUGACAAUAAAUAAACUUGCUGCAGAUUUA